AUGCCUCCUGCCACCUGUUUGCGUCCAACCCCUAGGGGUCGUUUCCGCUGCCUGGCACCUAUUUUUCCAGAGAAGUCCACCGACGUUCAAGGCUCCGAUCUUGUUAGCCUGCACCGGCCCAGGGGCGGCGUGGGAUCCGCGGGGACCUCUGGCUCCCGGCCGCUCGCCUGUGGGCAUCCCCCUGCAUCCUCGUCGGUGCCCUCUGUCGCUCGCCGCCACCCGAACUCGCCCUACCGCCACGCUUCCUCGGGGAUAAGCGUUCGCCGCGACCGUCUCCGCCAUCUCUCCAGGUUGCAUCUGGUGAGGAUUCCGAGAGCAGCUCGCGGCGGUCCCGGUGCUCGCCCACGGGAGCUGCGGGGCGCGGCGCGGGGCGGGGCGGGGCGGCGGCGCCCAGGGCGGGGAGGAGCAGCCUCCCUCACGGCGGAGCCCGGGGCUCAGCAGCCCAGCCGCUGCCAGCGUCGGGGCACCCAGAGCUCGGCCGCGGCGAUGGCAGGCGGGCGGCGCGCGCGAGGAGGCGGGCGCGGGGUGCGGAGCGCGCGGGGGCGGGGGCGGGCUAGGGGAGCCCCGGGGUGCCGGACGCUGUGAGGCGGCGGUGGCACCGGGGAGCCGGGCCGCGGGCAGCGCCGUCGCCGCCGCCGGGGGCGUCGCCGGCCUCGGCCCCUUUGUUCUCGCGCGCGCCCC